ACUUGAAGUUGAAGUUGAAGGCUGAAGCGCAGGAUUUGUGCCACUGCAGAAGUCUGCAGGUGUGACUCUGCUCUGGACGCCAUUGGCAUUGGCAUUGGCAGGAGGAGGCGAAUUUGACUGGAUCUGCUAAACCUGACAUCCGGAUCAGCUCCGUGGCGCAGCUUCGUGCAUGAUGGCGCAAGCAACAUGUGCCUUCACGCAAAAUGCAGUUGCAACGACGGCCCAUGUUGCUCAUGCUCAAUGCAGACAGCACGUUGGACCUCAGAGAUGUCUCCCUCUCUUCGUGCAUUGCAUUGGCUGCCAACACCACAAUUCGGUCACGAAAUCGUCCAAUAGCUCAGCAAUGUGGGGUGGAAAUGUGCACAAAGAAGAAGCGGGUCAGUCUAGAAGGCUGCAUUGGCGGCAGGGCACUUCCAAACCUGGUGCAAUUGUAGCGACUGCGGAAGCGGCUGUAGAGACCAAGAUGGAACCAGCAACUGGGGUCAAAUUUGCAAAGCAGAGUGUGACUCCGGGAAGCGACGAGCUUGAGCUGCUCGGAGCAGGAGUGCGGGAGAAGAAGGUUGUGCUAGUGAACGUAAAGGUGUAUGCGGUGGCCUUCUACGUUGGCGACCGGGGGAUCCAUAAGCUGGGGCCCUGGAGGCACACAAGCGCGGACCAGCUCAAAAAGGAUGAGAACUUUUACAAGCUGCUGGCAGAUGGUGACUUCGCCAAGCAGUUGCAGAUCGUCCUGGCCCGUGACGUGACUGGCGACCAGUUUUACGGGGCGCUCGAAGAAGCUCUUGCGCCCCGGGUUGCAGCCGCAGGGGCCGGGGCCGACGGGCAGGCUGCGAUGGGCCAGUUCGGAAACGUCUUCAAGGGGAAGUCUCUGAAGAAGGGCACCGGCAUUUUCCUCAGCUUUGAGAAGCCAGACAUUCUCCACAUUGGAGUUGUCGACGAUGCGUCAACUCUGCAACCGCCGGAGAACACGGAGGCGUCCAUUGCCUCGGGCCCACUGAUCAAGGCCUUAUUCGACGUCUUUCUGGGACCCAACGCCGUCUCCCCGUCUCUUAGAGAAUCCAUUGCCGAUGGGGCCGCCGAGUUUCUUGCAUAGUCGCUUGGGAGCAGUCACUUGCUUGGCAGUCCACCUCCCCGGGAAAAUGGUAGAAAACGGAGUUUUCCCGACGUGUUGCAUAGAUGUACAUAGAGCCGGUGCAUUUGCGGUGAUCGAUUGUGUUUGAGGAGUGAGGCUACAUUGUAGCCACACCGCACCGGCCAAGUUAUUGAAUUGAGUGUGCUACAACGGAUAUGCGGAACAUCCGUCUCUGUAAACAGCCGACGAACCUUUUGAUCAGGCUGGCCAACGACCCUUGACGGCGGGCCAGAUAUGUACGUUUGCUCAGCUUGGUCAGACACUUCGCAUUUGCUCUCAAAGCUAGAACGAUGGGCACGAGCCCUUGAUGUGUUGUGCUCUUUCAUGCAAGAUUCCCA